AACAUUGAAAAGUGUCUUAGGAGUUGGUAAGACAACAAAAACUGCCCACCCCUACCAACCCAUUACCAUCAUCGUUCAACCAACCAACUAACCUCAUCGCAUUUCAUUUGUCACCAACCAUCCCAUUUUUCUCUUAUUCAAAUCCUCUCUCAUCUCUUCCUUUUCGCUGGCAAUUAACUCACGAGGGCUGCACAUCGACAAUGGGUGGGGAGCGGAACAAGGUCUUCUCUUUGGCCGAGGUCUCUCAGCACAACAAUGCCAAAGACUGUUGGCUUGUCAUUCAUGGCAAGGUUUAUAAUGUGACAAAGUUCUUGGAGGACCACCCUGGAGGGGAUGAGGUCCUGUUGUCUUCCACAGGGAAAGAUGCAACCAAUGAUUUUGAGGAUAUUGGUCACAGCACCAGCGCCGUAGCCAUGAUGGAUGAGUUCUAUGUUGGAGACAUUGAUACAUCAACCAUCCCCAGCAAGGUUAAGUACACUCCUCCAAAACAACCUCACUAUAACCAGGACAAGAUGCCGGAGUUCAUCAUCAGGAUCCUCCAGUUUCUAGUUCCCUUGUUUAUCUUGGGUUUGGCAGUUGGUAUUCGUUUCUACACCAAAUCAACAUAAUCAUUUAACUGCAAGAGCACAUGAAUAUAGGCAUUUGCAAUAUUGUGUUGGUGUUGAAAGACCCCCCAGUUUGUUUUAUCUUUUUUGUGCUGCAAUGACGAGGGGUUGCUAGGAUAUGCCAUAUGAAUUGUGCUUGUUUCCCUUUUCGGUGUAAUUUGGUGUUAAAUAUCAGAUUGCCUUUCUCUGUCACUGAUUUGCUAAAGGAGCAAUUUUGGUGAUUCUAAAUAAACUAAUAAACUUGUGGUCCUAAUGGAAGUAAGAAUCUUCUUAUCUCUCGUUUUAGUCAUAA